GCUUUUUACGACAAUUUCUCGCCAUUUCCGACAUAAACACACGGACGUCAGAAAACAUGAGGUCAAAAGUUAUUCCACUCGCCUGCAUAUAACAAAAGAUCAGACUGACAUAUGGCGAGCUCUCUGGUAGCAGCGGGGCUAGCUUUGGCGGCAGCUGGCUUUGCAGGUCGCUAUGCCAUGCAGGCCAUGAAGCAGAUGGAGCCCCAAGUCAAACAGGCCCUUCAGAGUUUCCCCAAGAAUGCUUUUGGAGGAGGCUACUACAGAGGUGGUUUUGAACCAAAGAUGACUAAGAGAGAAGCGGCAUUGGUUUUAGGUGUAAGUCCUACUGCCAGUUGGAAUAAGAUCAGGGAAGCCCACAGAAAACUCAUGAUACUUAACCAUCCUGACAGAGGUGGCUCACCAUACCUUGCAGCAAAGAUUAAUGAAGCUAAAGAUCUUAUUGAAGGCCAGGCAAAGAAGUGACAAGGCUGAACCAAGCAACUACAAACUUGUUAAUCCUGAUGCACUUGAGCAUUAAUUUUGUGCGCAAAUACUAUUGGGCGCCGUUUGUAAAGCAGUACAUGCUAAAAAUUACGACUUCAUUUUCUCACAUUUAGCGCCACAGUGUUUAAAAUGGUUUGAAAUUUUUAGUCACUUUUUUUUUUUUGCACAUUUACAACGCAAUUUAGCGACUUAAAUAUUUAGUUUUUAAUAAGUUUUUGACCUGAAUGUUUAAAUCCAGAACUAAAUAUUUAAUUUUAUUCAUAAAUUUAUAUCUUGUAUCCUAAAUGUUAAAUCUGGAAAUGGUUGGAACUAAAUAUUUAACUUAUUAUGCAAAUUCAUGUGACUGGAGACCGGAAGUAACAAAAUAAAAGCUGGAGCAACUCAGACUCUCUGUUUACAUUGAUUAAAAAUGAAUAAAUUUAUUUAUUUAUAAUUUAUAUAUUUAAACAAUCAGGUCCAAAAUGUCUUACUUAAAAAAAUAUUUAAGUUGCUAAAUGUUUUAAAUGUGCAAAAAAAAAAGUGACUCUAAAGAUUUUACACCACAUUUUAAACACUGUGUGGCGCUAAAUGUGAGAAAAUAUUGUCGUAAUUUUCAGCAUGUACUGCUUCACAAACGGCGCCCCAUAAAAUACAUCUUUGUGUACAGUGUAAAUAAAACCUUGUUAUUUUUAAAGGUUACAUAUAACACAUAUUUCUCAACGCUGAUGUAUUUCCUACAAAGUAGUGGUGUGACGAUAUAUCAAAAAGGCGAUAACGCGUUACUUUGUAGCUCAAAAGCUUAUCGAUAUGAUCCCACCAAGAAUGGAUAUAUCGGUUUAAUAAGGUCAGCGUUUCAAAGAAUAAAAAAAAAACAAAGUUGCAACCAAAAUCUUCUAUUUAAAUAGUGUCUUCAUUAGCUCACUGGCUGCCAUUGACAGCGCUCGACAUCCAAUUCAUUUUGACUGGAUUGGAUGUCUUGCACAGUCAAUGGCACUGAAACCAGAGCAAUCACAGCCAAGUGUUUUGUGGGCAUUUACAGGUCACUUCCUGUUCAUUUUAGGGCAUUUACAGGUUACUUCCUGUUUAUUUUGAGUGAAUUCCUAUUCAUUUGGGAACAUACUUGAGUCACUUGCUUUUCAGUAACUCAAAAUCAAUAGGAAGUGACCUGUAAAUGCCCCCAAAUAGCGUACUGCACACUACACGUUAUUUCGGCUCAUUAAUAUUCAUAACAUUAACUAAUGUUGCUAAGGGGACAAGUAGUAGUAAAUGAAUGGAAAUAGUUUACGGAGAUGUUUACAGAGUUAAACGUACCAAUUCUGUCCGAACAUGAUAUCCCUGGUGCCAAAUUCACUGGUAAAGAUGUGGAACAGCAUACAAAUGUUCCGUUAAAGAGAUGCCUUGAGUGUCGAGGGCUGAAAAAGACGGAAAAAAGAAACAAGCUGACCUAAGCUUAGCCUUAGCUUUUUUAUCGACACAUUUCUUACGCCACUGAUAAUGACAUUCUCCUGUUUAAACAAUCUAUCCUUUACCACUAUAUGCCCUGUCUAUCUUAUAUAUUAUAUCCACUGGUUGUCUUGUGUCUCUGACCGUUCUUUUGGGCAAUUUACAUUGCUGUUUUUGUGUAGCGAUCCCGAAUGCUACUCUUUGACAGCAAACGAACACAAUUUUUUCAUUAAUAACAAAUCUUAAUUCUAUUAUUUACACUUCGCCUUUACUAUAACGUUUUUUUUCUUACAACAGAAAAGGUAACAGUGGCAGUCAGAUAUCAUUUAAAAUUUUUUCAGGACAUUCAUUGUCAGACAGAAGCUGCACAGCAAAACGCCACGGCUUACCUCUUUGUUCUCUGAAGGACCAUGCCAACCCAACAAAAUGUGAAUGGCUUCACCUUGCUGGCGUUAAACGUCCGCGCAAGUUGAUCCAUUCUUAAUUUUUUCCUCCGAGUGUUUGGUUUCGGGAAACAUGAAGAAAACAUCCUUCAUAUGUCCUAAUUUCGAGUCGUUUCUACAAGUUCCAUAUCAGCAGUGCUUGCUCGGCAUGUUCGUUUUUGAAAGACUACCAGAGAAAACUAGCAGAAAUAUAAUGGUUCGUAUCCAAGGGCAUGUCUAUAAUGUCCCAUUUCCGCUUUACGAUGCGACGUCACGGUCUAAAAAUAGCAUUCGUGCGGUAAACAAUUAAGUCACAGCCUGGCAUUGGUUGCCACUGAUGGCCAUAGUAGUCUAAUCUGUUUUAAGUGGAGGGAUGGCCACAAAUCAACUAAUAUUCAUUCAUUGCCACCCUUCCAGUUCAACUGGAUUGGAUGUCGACUAGUGAUAAUGGUUUCUACGGGUAUCAGCAAAUCUCAUUUAAUGCUUUUAAAUGCCACUUUAAUGCCCAUGGUCGACUGCAGACAGUUUUACACACACAAAUUGUGAGUUGUCCGAUAUCGACUUUUUAACCGAUAACCGAUAUCGUCUAACUCCAAAAAUCAAACCAAUACAGGUAUAUGCAGUCGUUGACCUAACAUGUUAUUGCUAAUUGUGUUGUGAUGCCCCACUGGAUACUUUAAUAAUGAUAAUUGUAAUAACUUUAAGGUUUUCCAAUAAACAUUCUGUGGAAAAAUCAACCAAUGGAAGUUAUGGAAAGAGUGCCUAUAUUGCACCUUCAUACUUAUUGUUGCAAUCUAAAUAAUACAAACAUUUUUUUGAGCAAGUGCAAAGUGCCAAUAAGGCACUACCAUAUCACAUAUAGCUCACACAGUGCUUCUGGCUCAAAAUAACAAC